AUCCAACCUCAGAAAUUAGCGCUACUAAGAGCUUUGAAGUCCAACCUAAUCAGUCUCAGUAAUUAUCAAUCCCACCAGAUUUGGCCGUCCGAACCUCAAAGCUCAAACCGAAUACACACCCUAAUUUAAGUGAUACUGUGAUACCAUCUUCCCACCACCCAUAUGGUAAAGUUCUUCUCCGUUUGUUUUGAGCAAUAGACGAUAAAUGUCCUCCGGGGGCCGCAACUAAAUACACGAGCUUUAGUUCAAUGGUAAAUCGCAGGGAGCGCAGUCGUUUGUCGCUCGUUCUUACGUUUAAAACGCGGUGUUUACUUUUUCAAAACUUUUCAGUGCUUUGAAUUAGUGUUUGGUAAUUAAUUAGGUGAUUGUUAUUGGGAAUAGAUUUUGGAUUUUUGAGACGUCAUCAAGAUGAUGAAGCACGUGCAGCUUUCUCCUUACAGGAGCAGAGCUGAUACAGUUUCAUUGAGCUCGACUACGUCAUACGGAAGCCUCAGUCCUGAACCACUGGGAAGCAGAUCUUCUAGUUAUUCAUCUUUAAAUGAAUCUUCGAUUCAAACAACCAUAAAAGUAUUCGCCAAGUGCCUAAGACCGGACAUAGAAUACAAAACUCUUAGUAUAACUUUUCAAACUACCUGUAAGGAAGUUGUGGCCACUUUGCUGGGAAAAUACAAAAUGAAACAUCGAGAUCCGAAGUUGUUUUACUUAAGUAUGGAAGUUACAGUGCGAAAGGCUGGAGUUAGGACCCAUUUGGCUUUGGACGACGAAGCUAGACCUGCAGUUUUACAGAGCUGUCAUCCAAAAGGCGACUCAAAAUUCUCCCUUCAAACUCGCCGAGGUGGUCUGGUGAAAGUCCACGAUUCAGUUCUCAAUAGCAACUCACAAUACAAAUCUCUUCUCAUUAGUGCCAGAACUACUGUAGACGAACUGAUAGCUCUACUGCUCAAUUGUUACAACAGCAAAGAGCGCGUAGAGCAGUUUUCCUUGUACGAAGUGAAUCCUGAGAGAGAGCAACAAAGAAAAUUGCAUCCGGACGAUAGGCCCUUGCAAGUACAACAGACCUGGUUACCUUCGCACGAGUGCCACUUUUUAAUCAGGAAAAACCCUGAUUAUUUACCUUUAUCCAGGAGGAAGAUAUUCUGGAUGUCAGAUUUGCCUCCUUUACCAGCUUCAAGACUGUUCAAAAGUGCGACUCCCACAACGCCAACUGGAAGUCAUUUAACAAAAUCUUCGACGUCACUAGUUCCUUUCAAAAAACCCGAUGAAAAUUCCAAGUUCAAGCCCAAAGAAACUGUACAUUUAAGCAGUACUGAACUGAAAGUUUUCCAAAAUAAUAGCGCAAGGAAAGGUUGUAGUGGAGGUCCUUCUUCAUAUGCUGACUAUGAAAAUUAUUUUUAUAUUUAAGCAACACUUUAUAUAAUAGUUUGUAGGUAUAUAAUUAUUGUAAAUAGUUUUUUGUGUGACGUCUAGUUUUUUUUAAUUGUGAUAUUCAUUUAGGCUUAAGUUGCAACCAAAGAAAAUUGAAAUGCAGUAUAUAUAUUUUGCCAUAUUUAUACUGCAUUAAAAAUUAGUUUUAGUUAAAUUGAAUUUAUGCUUCUUGUGUUCUUGCCAAUAAUUAUAGCUGUUAGGUACUGUAUAGAUAUUUAUAGGAUUGAAAUAGUAUAAAGUUAUUAUCCAAAGUUCUUAUAGUUAUGAAUGCAUAAGAUGAAUGAAAAUGACUUGUGUCUAAAGUUGUAGUGUUCAAAUAUUAUUAGAUAAGUAUACCUAUACCAACCUACCAAAUACAUAAAAUGACAAUUUUUUUUUAUCGUUUGAUUGUCUUGUGCAAUGUGAGAGUGUUUUUUAUAUUAAUAAUUGUUUUUAAUCUUCUUCUUUGUACCUUAUUUUGUAUGUUAUAGAUGUCAAACACCAAAGAUUAAGUGUUUAAAACGGUACCUAAUAAUAAAUACCUUUUUUUUAAGUAAAUUUGUGGUUUAAUUUAAAUAAAAUUAUACAAAGAUUCAAUAAAGAAAAAAUGGAAAGACAGGGAACUAAGUAGGUAGAUACGACGUGAUAAUAUUCAAUAUUGAAAGCAACAAAUUUCUUAAGGAAAAAUCAACACAAUUAGGUAUUCAGACGCCAAGUCUGGGCCUAUACAUAUAUAGAAACCAGAGAUGUGAACUUGGGGAAGCUAUUCCUCAACACAAAACAAUUUAUAAUACAGAGUGUCUCACGACGUUUUACCCAGCUGAUAACUUCGGAACGCAAUCCAAUAUAAUUGAAAUUUUGAGGAUCUAGGUAAUUUUUUGUGCCGCUUCUACAUGUGUCAUCCAAUUUCACCACUUCGCUGCAGUUUUGGUCAAGUGACGGCAACUUUAAAAUCCUAAAUGUAACUUCUAGUAGAUAUAUUAUGGCAUUUUUCGUUAGAAAAUUACGAUAUCAGCAAUGCCAUAUUUCUUGAGGCAUUGUUAAAGAAAAUUAUAAAAAGAUUACAAUGUGAAAUAAACAAUGACGAGUCCCGAAGUUAUUACCUGUAUAAAACCUCGUGGGAUGUGAUGAAUUCUCAAUUAAAUAAUAACAUGUUCAUAAUUACUAAUUCCGUUUAUCAAACCACAACUCGUUCUAAACUCACAUCCCAGUCCCUUCUCCCCAGGCCCAGGACACUGCCUUCUGUCAACUCUAUUCUAAACCUAAUCUACUUAUAGACAUCUCCUUUAUUUUCUGUUUUUUUAUGUUUUUUUUUUUUAAUUUUUUUUUAUUUUUAUUUUUUGUUUGUUUUAUUAUUAUUAUUAUUUUUUUUAUUUUAUCCUAAUUAUAAGUGUAUUAGAUUUGUAAACACUUGCAAAAAUUGUGAAAAUUCUAAUUAACAUGUUCUGACUGAGGCUUACGAAUGAGUCUACCGUCUACCAGACCUUCAGAGAAUAGUAGCAUCAUUUUCUAGCUUGAAUGAAGGGUUAUAAUUUAUCUGACCGACCAUUAUCUUAAUUACAGUGUGGUGACAGUGAAAAAGUCUUUUUAGGUAUGACUGCCUUAGUUCCAACAUCCUCCAGAAACUGAAAUUCAAUUUG